AUGAAUUCUUCAAGACCUUUGAUCAGUUUUUACAGAAAAUGUUUCUCUGCUGUUUCCAAAAAUCCUUAUACUCAAAAGGCAAAUGCAUCAUCAUAUGUUAAGAAGCCUUCAUCCACAUCAUAUGCUUCGAAGUAUAAAAAGAAUACUUCAACCUCUAGUUCUGCUCCGUCAUUAGCAGCUAAAGCAACUUCAACCACAACUGAAACCACCCCAGGAGAUGAAAUUUUCAACAACGAUCCUUUUUCUGAACCUAAAGAUACCUCAACAUCUUCAGGUUCUUUAGCAAAAUCACCAUUCGAUAACCCAAAACUAUUGAAUACAAUCUUUCCGCAAAAUUUGCAAGAUAAACCAGAACAAUCAGCAUCUCCCUUUGGUAGUGAAAUCAACUGGUCUUCUUCUUAUUAUGGUAUUGGUACUGCACCUUUCCCACCAGAAGCACAAGAAGUUUUAGCUGCACCAUUGGACCCAAAAGAUAUUGAGAUAAAACCUGAUGGGAUCAUUUAUUUACCUGAAAUCAAAUACCGUCGUAUAUUAAACAAAGCAUUUGGUGCUGGUGGCUGGGGUCUCGUUCCAAGAUCAGAAACAAUUGUUACAGACAGCUUAGUUACAAGAGAAUAUGCCUUGGUGUGUUUGGGUCGUUUAGUUAGUAUUGUAAGAGGUGAACAAGAUUUUUUUUCAAAAUCAGGUAUUGCUACUGCUACAGAAGGCUGUAAAAGUAAUGCCUUGAUGAGAGGCUGCAAAGAUUUGGGUAUUGCUUCAGAAUUGUGGGACCCUGUUUUCAUCAAAGGCUUUAAAUCCACAUAUUGUGAAGAUAAAUUCGUUGAACAUGUUACAACCAAAAGGAUGAAAAAACUUUGGAAAAGAAAAGAUAGAACCUAUGAUUAUCCAUACAAACUCGCAACUAAAUGA